AUGCUAGUUCAACCAUGGCUGUUUUUUGGAUAUUUAGAAAACGAACCUUAUUUAUCAUUAACAAAAAAUAUUCAACCAAAAGAAAUGUUAAAAAAAAUAACAGUCAAUGAUCCACCAAUGCCAUCACAUUUAAAUCAAUCUGUCGAAGCUUAUUGUAAUAAAAAUCAAUUCAAACUUAAAAAAUUUCAAAUUUAUUUUGUUUCUUCAAAUAAUGAUUUUGCUUGGACUGAUAUCGAUAAUUGUCGACAAGAUUUAAAUUAUGUACCUCAAGAUGGAGCACACUGGAAUUAG